CUUCCGGGUGACUGGGACCUUCUUCCCCUUGCUUGUUCCAUCCGCUAUCCUUCUCGCUCAGCCCAGGGAGCAGGACGGACACCGCAGGACUCCAACAUGCUGUCAAUACGUGUCGCAGCGGCUCUCGCACGCGCACUACCUCGCCGGGCCGGCUACGUGUCCAAAAAUGUUGCUGCAGCAUGUGUGGGAGUCAAGAACCUCCACACCACCCGCCCAUGGAUGCAGAAAACAGGCACUGCUGAGGUUUCUUCCAUCCUGGAGGAGAAGAUCAUGGGAGCGGACACCAGCGCUGACUUGGAAGAGACCGGCCGUGUUUUGUCCAUUGGUGACGGUAUCGCCCGAGUCUACGGUCUCCGAAAUGUGCAGGCUGAGGAGAUGGUGGAGUUCUCUUCUGGACUUAAGGGAAUGUCUCUGAACUUGGAACCGGACAAUGUCGGCGUGGUGGUUUUCGGUAACGACAAGUUAAUCAAAGAAGGCGACAUUGUCAAGAGGACAGGCGCCAUUGUGGACGUGCCGGUCGGGGAGGAGCUGCUGGGCCGAGUUGUGGACGCACUGGGAAAUGCCAUUGACGGAAAGGGCCCCCUUGGCUCCAAGACCCGCAGGCGCGUGGGCCUUAAGGCCCCUGGCAUCAUCCCGCGUAUCUCUGUGAGGGAGCCCAUGCAGACUGGCAUCAAAGCCGUGGACAGUCUGGUGCCCAUUGGCCGCGGGCAGCGUGAGCUCAUUAUUGGCGACAGGCAGACCGGCAAAACUGCCAUCGCCAUCGACACCAUCAUCAACCAGAAGCGGUUCAAUGAGGGCACCGACGAGAAGAAGAAGCUGUACUGCAUCUACGUGGCUAUCGGGCAGAAGAGGUCCACCGUGGCCCAGCUGGUCAAGAGGCUGACGGAUGCGGAUGCCAUGAAGUACACUAUCGUGGUGUCGGCCACCGCCUCCGACGCCGCCCCUCUGCAGUACCUGGCGCCCUACUCUGGCUGCUCCAUGGGCGAGUACUUCCGGGACAAUGCCAAGCACGCCCUCAUUAUCUAUGACGAUCUCUCCAAACAGGCCGUCGCCUACCGUCAGAUGUCCCUGCUGCUCCGUCGCCCGCCCGGUCGCGAAGCUUACCCGGGCGACGUCUUCUACUUGCAUUCCCGCCUGCUGGAGAGGGCCGCCAAGAUGAACGACAACUUUGGCGGCGGCUCGCUCACCGCCCUGCCCGUCAUUGAGACGCAGGCCGGCGACGUGUCAGCCUACAUUCCAACCAACGUCAUCUCCAUCACAGACGGACAGAUCUUCUUGGAGACGGAGCUGUUCUACAAAGGUAUCCGUCCCGCCAUCAACGUCGGUCUGUCCGUGUCACGUGUCGGAUCUGCCGCCCAAACCAGGGCCAUGAAGCAGGUGGCCGGCACCAUGAAGCUGGAGCUGGCCCAGUACCGCGAGGUGGCCGCUUUCGCCCAGUUCGGCUCUGACUUGGACGCCGCCACGCAGCAGCUGCUGAACCGCGGCGUGCGUCUGACCGAGCUCCUCAAGCAGGGCCAGUACUCUCCCAUGGCCAUCGAAGAGCAGGUGACCGUCAUCUACGCCGGCGUGAGGGGACACUUGGACAAGCUGGAGCCCAGCAAGAUCACAAAGUUUGAGAAGGCCUUUCUGCAGCACAUCCUGAGUCAGCAACAAGACCUGCUGGCUGCCAUCAAGGCCGACGGCAAAAUUUCCGAGGCCUCAGACGCCAAGCUCAAGCAGAUUGUGCUCAACUUCCUCUCCAGCUUUGAGUAAUGUGUGAUGACGCAGUCUCCUCUUUCUAUGUUGCGUUUUUGCUUGUGUUCCAUGUUUACAUAGUGCUCGGUCUGUUGAACUUUCUAUGAACACUUGAUCUCUAAUGUACAGUCAGGAGAAUAAAAAGUAUUCCAACGAA